CUCCGCUCAGCUCACUGCACUCCAGACCACAGACAUGGCUCCAUAGGACUGCACAUGGCGGCCAGCGGCCAUGAACCAAAAUAUCCCCACAACUCACCAAAAAUAACAACAAAUGCAUUUCUAACAAACCCGAUUUGAUUCAUUUCGGACUCAUCUUUGGCAAUAUUUGUUCCGGUUUCUUGUUUCCAGCGCAGGUGAGAGAGUGAGGCAGAGGUUGCUUUGGUUUGGAACUCCUUGCUUUUUCAACUUGCAUUUUUUUUUUUAAACCACCAACACCAUCCUGGUUUUUUGUUUUAUUUCCCCUCCAGACAGAGAGCAGUCAUGGGCGUGCAGGGCUUUCAGGAGUACAUCGAGAAGCACUGCCCGAGCGCCGUGGUGCCGGUGGAGCUGCAGAAGCUGGCGCGGGGGAGUUUGGUGGGAGGCGGCAGGCAGAGGCCGCCGCAGGGCCCGCUGCGCUUACUAGUGGACGCGGAGAACUGCGUGCACCGGCUCUACGGCGGCUUCUACACCGACUGGGUCGGCGGCGGCCAGUGGAACCAUAUGCUCGGCUACCUGGCUGCGCUGGCCAAAGCCUGCUUUAGUGGCAACAUCCAGCUGCAGGUGUGCUUCAACGGCGCGCUGGAGAAGGGCCGCCUGCACGAGUGGGUCAAGCGGCAGGUGAACGAGCGGCAGACGGCGCAGCAGAUUGUCAGCCACGUCCAGAACAAGGGCACCCCGCCACCCAAAGUCUGGUUCCUGCCGCCCGUGUGUAUGGCACACUGCAUCCGCCUAGCGCUCCUCAGGUUCCGGAUUGAAGUUGUACAGAGCGUUGAGGAUCAUCAUCAGGAAGUAGUUGCCUUAUAUCGAGCGGGCGGGUUCCAUGGCUUGGUAGCCUACGAUUCUGAUUAUGCUCUGUGCAACAUCCAAUACUACUUCAGUGCCCACGCUCUAAAACUCAGCCGCAAUGGCAAGAGCCUCACCACCAGCCAGUACCUGAUGCACGAAGUUGCCAAGCAGCUGGAUCUCAAUCCAAAUCGCUUUGUCAUUUUUGCUUCACUCUUAGGGAAUCACAUUUUGCCUGAUGAGGAUCUUGCUGCCUUUCAUUGGAGUUUACUUGGCCCAGAGCACCCUUUAGCAUCCCUGAAGGUCCGUGCCCAUCAGCUGGUACUUCCUCCCUGCGAUGUCGUGAUAAGGGCUGUAGCAGAGUACGUGCGCAACUUGCAGGAUGUCAAUAAUCUGGAAGCCAUCGCUAAAGACAUAUUCAAGCACUCCCAGUCCAGGACUGAUGACAAACUUGUACGCUUCAAGAAGGCAGUGGAGUAUUACUCAGCUGCCAGUAAGCCCCCCCAGUCCUCCUCUUAUAUCGCCAGACCAAAGCGGCUCGGAGUCCCUGAAACUGUGCCACCUUAUGCACAUCCACCAAUGCCCAACAUUCCACAGCCCUCCUUCCUGCAGCAGCCUGUGAACCAGCAGAACUCCUCUGGGCUGGCGGCUAAAGGGCCCUCUGAUCAGAAUAGCUUCAGCAACAUUCCACACGAAGGCAAGCAACACACGCCACUGUAUGAGAGGGCUUCUCCAAACCAUGCCGAGCCAGCCUUCUUCAAUGCCUCGUCCACUUCCUCGUCGUCCGAGAAUGAGGAGAACACGGGCCCCACUGCCAAUCAUAUAAGUGACCAUAAAGGAUGGGACAAACCAAGAGAUCAGGUGAACAGCGUGCCAGAAGGAGACCUGGAGGACCAAAAUAAACCUGACCCUUCUGUGACCUCCCCUGUGGGUCAGGGCACAGAGGUCGGAGGUCACCAUGGAGUCAACGCCCAGAUCCCGUCACUGCUUUCAAUGCCAACUCGAAACCACAUGGACAUCACCACACCUCCUUUGCCUUCGGUGGCACCUGAGGUGCUGCGAGUAGCUGAACACAGACACAAGAAGGGCCUCAUGCACCCUUACAUCUACCACAUCCUCACUAAGGGGGAGAUUAAAUUGUCAGUUGCAAUUGAAGAUGAAGCUAAUAAGGAGCUGCCAUCCGCCAUGCAGCUGUACCGGCCGAUCCGCCAGUAUGUUUAUGGUGUGCUCUUCAGCCUAGCCGAGGCUAAAAAGAAAGCGGAGAGGCUCGCAAUGAGGAGAAAUCGCCUCCCUGAAUAUCAGCCCGUUAUUAUAAAAGAGUGGGCAGCCUACAAAGGUAAAUCUCCACACACCCCUGAGCUGGUGGAGGCGCUUUCCUUCCGUGAGUGGACCUGCCCCAACCUGAAGAAGCUGUGGCUGGGCAAGGCUGUGGAGGACAAGAACCGGCGCAUAAGGGCUUUCCUGGCCUGUAUGAGGUCCGAUACUCCAGCCAUGCUCAACCCUGCCAACGUGCCCACUCAUCUCAUGGUGCUCUGCUGUGUACUGCGGUUUAUGUUACAAUGGCCAGGAGUAAGAAUUUUGCGUCGUAACGAACUUGAUGCUUUCCUAGCCCAAGCACUUUCUCCUAAACUUUAUGAGCCUGACCAGCUGCAGGAACUGAAGAUUGAGAACCUGGAUGCACGAGGUGUGCAGCUGGCGGCACUCUUCAUGUGUGGUGUAGACAUGGCGCUGCUGGCGAAUGAUGCGUGUGGUCAGCCAAUACCCUGGGAGCACUGCUGCCCGUGGAUGUACUUUGAUGGCAAGCUGCUGCAGAGCAAGCUGAUCGGGGCCACACGAGAAAAGGUCCCACUCCUCGACCUCUGUGACGGUCAGGCUGAGCUGGUUGCCAAACUGGAGAAGAUGCGCCAGAGUAUUAUGGAGGGUCUGAACUUCUCUCGGCCUCCUCAUCCCCUCCCGUUCCCCCCUCCACCUCCACACGCUAUGCCUUUCUACCCCCCCAACAGCACCUUCUACCCACCUCCUCCUCUGCCUCCUCCACCAGGGCGAGGCAGGGCCAUGCCAGGACUCCAGACCAUCCCGUCACAAGGGGGCAAACUUGAGAUUGCUGGCACAGUGGUGGGGCAGUGGGCAGGCUCUCGGCGUGGCAGGGGCCGGGGCGCCUUCCCUAUUCAGGUAGUGUCAGUUGGAGGACCAAGCAGAGGACGGCCAAGAGGUGUGAUUUCAACCCCUCUUAUAAGGACCUUUGGUCGGGGAGCCAGAUACUAUGGCAGAGGUUUCAAAAGUCAGGGAUCAUACCAGAGUAAACCUGCAUAUGCUACCUCCACCAAUGACAUAGGGAAAGAACGGAAGAAGCCCAAGGCAGAGAGUAAAACAUCAUCUGAAGGGUCCGCUGUGGCAGAGAACGGGGUGGAGGGCAAAGAGGCGGAGCUUAAUGGGAACAAAGUGGCUCCCAACCAACCAGAAAGUGCCUUUAGCAAUGACUCCAAAAUGUGCAAUAUGAAUCCUCAUUUAAAUGCACUAAAUACAGACAGUGAGUGCCACAGAGACGAAGCUCUGAGCGCUGCUGUCUUAAAAACAGAAGAGUAAACCUAUUUUUAUAGAGGGGGUGAAGGAUGGAAGGUUCAGGGUGAAGGAAAAUCUGGAAAGAUGGAAAGCCUACAGUUGGUGUACUUUUUUUUUUUUUUUUUUUUUCCUCUCCAAAAAGUGAUUUAACGAGGAAUUACUGUAUGGAUGAUUUUUUUUUUUUUGGAAUCCCUCUUUGAUGUCAGCAGGCAAGUACAGGUUAAUGAUGACGAUAUUUCUCAAUAAAAGCAUAGACGUAUAAAGUAUACCAGUUUUAGAGAAUACUACCAGUAUAUAAGGAGUUAUGUCUACUCCCUCCUCACUAAUUACCUGUCUCAAACUGCUUAUGCAGACAUUUUAUUUUACGUUCUCUUGAAUUGCUGAAGCCAAAAAUCAUUUUGGCGGUCGUCUUGUACUCCUAGGUCGAGACGUUUUACCAGUAGUUGGCACCAUAUAUAUAUUUGCCAUUGUAACUGAGUUUGUGUUGUCACAGUAAAUGCUUUUUUUUUUUUUUCCUUUUCUUUUUAAGAAGUGAAACUCGCAACAGAAAAAUAACGAAAGAAGCAAGAACACAUUUCUCACCUGGGUCAUCGCUGUGGGUUUAGUUGAGCUAAAACGUGCAGAAUUGUUUGGAAAUUAAGUAACUCGUAUAAAUACUGCAGCGUAGUUCUGAUGAUCUCAGUGUCAAGCUACUAGCAUCGUAAGAAGUGUCGAGAAACAGAAAAAUCAUCGAAAAGAUCCAAUGACAAACGCCACCGUUUUCUUUGUCAGGAAUUGCCAUGCAUCAAUGAUUGAUAGUAACGUGGUUUCUUGAAUCAACUGUAGAACAUUAGUAUGAUGGUUUCAGCAACUAUUUGCAUGGUUCACAACUUUAAAAAAAAAAAUAUGGUGUGUAGUUAUUAUGCAUGUUGUCUUUUUUCUUCCAUCUCUACAAGUACUGUGCCCAUUUUGCAAAAUCCUAAAAAGGCUAAUAAUCAGUAAUAGUCCUGAAAAGGUGUUAACUGUUAGUAACUGAUUUGCUCUAACCUUAAAUUUUUUGUGAUUAUUGACCUCUGUUGCAUUUACUCCAAAAUAUCAGAUGUUAUCUAGCCACUUUAAAUAUUGUUAACCCUGGUAUACUCAUCCAUCUUUGUAUCCGUUAUUGUACUUUAUUGCUGUUUUCUGCAUUCAAGUUAGCCAACCAUAUGUCGGGGGGGAGGGGAAGAGAAAAAUCUCUGACGGGGGGGGAAAGCUUCAGACUUGGAAUGACCCGCCCUUCCCUUUCCCUCCCUUUUUUCUUAGCUGGUAAACAAAGCAGUGAAAUUAUAUGGCCUUUCCAUUUUGAGAGUUUAGCCUAAGCAGGUAAUCUUGGAAUCAUUUUGGUGUUUUGUUUAGUGUUUUCAGAGCUUAUUGUACUUCUGAAUAAGAUUCAUUACUUCCGGUUUUCCACCUAAUCCUCCUGAUGCCUUCCAUUGCACAUUAGUGAUCAGAAAUAUGGUGUAUUCCCCUGCCCGCAAGACUAAAUAGGCUACCUUAAUGUAAGUUGAUCGGAGUUUCUUCCUUACUCAUGGGGUGUCAAAGAAUGAUCUACUGUUGGGUUUGAGUGAUUGUUGAUGGCUUGUGGUGUGAUGUAUUUGAAGGAAAUUGAAUGCAACUUACAAUGCUUAAUAAAAGUCUAUUCUUUUAGUAUAA